UCUAGAUAAACGCAAACCUUCUGCGGAAUCCCAAGACCACAGCGACGAGUGAAAAACUGACUUUGACACAAAUAUUUGUGAGACUAGUUCACCUGUCCACCACGAAAGCCAUUGAGUAAUUUCACACAUUGCGGGUUUGGGUACAGAACAAUCGUAGACUAUUGUCGAUGAAUCCGACUUGGCCGGGUAUAAAGUCGAUGGCAUGGUCACCAGAGUUCAUCAGUCGACCAAGCGGCGAAGUCAAGAGUGGAUUUUGGAUUAGCGAGGACAGCCGAGUAACACAUUACAUCACCAUCAUGAAAUUCUACCUGGGACUGGCUGCGAUCUUGGUCGUGAUGGUUUCGCUGGCCAAACCGGGAGAGGCCACCUUUGGCAAGCUGAAUCUUCUGCUGGGCGGAGCAACCAGCUCUGGCUACGGUUCUGGAUAUGGUUAUGGUUCCGGCUAUGGCUCUGGCUUCGGAUAUGGAUCAGGCUAUGGAUCAGGCUAUGGAUCAGGCUAUGGAGGAGGAUAUGGUGGCGGCUAUGGAUAUGCUCCCGAGAACGUGGUGAAGGUGAUCAAGGUGUCGGUUGUGCCGGGUGGAGGAGUCGGAGGAGGCUAUGGUGGUGGCUAUUCCGGCGGCUUUGGCGGUGGCUACGGAGGUGGCUACUCCGGCGGCUUUGUGGGAGCUGCCCCUGCCAUAUCCACUUCUGCCGUGGUUACUCCGGUGGUCACUUCGGUGUCCACGCCAGUGGCCACUCCCGUUUUGGCAGGUGGUGCCGGCUAUGUGGGUGGUUUCGGUGGUGGCCUGACCGGCGGCAUAGGUGGCUACGGCGGAUCCUUCGGUGGUGGUGCCGCCCUGCCCGCCUCCUAUGGAUUUGGAGCCGGCUAUGGCGCCGGCGGUGGCUUCGGACUGGGAUUCGGAGCACCAGUACCUCCACCACUGGGCUUGGCCGGAGGACUUUGCUAGAGAACGAGCAAACCACAUCACAAAGUGGUACUUUUUUUUGAUAAUUUUAAACAACGAUUUGUAAUUAAAAGUUAACGAUUUGUAAUAAAAUGUAUAAA